AUGACAGGCCCUAGCAAGAGACGACCCCAGGUUAAGCAAAGGAGAGCUCGCGGUCGUGGUCAAUCUCGAGAUACUUCUGCGAACUUGGGACGGCGGGGUGUUCCUAAGGGGGGGCCGUCCAGAGUGUCAACACGAUCAACACCAACCUACGCAUCGUCUACCGGAAACCGACGCGACGAGGGAUUACUGGCCCCGGCCGUACUAAAAGAAUUUCUUACGGCCACACUGAAGAAGAUUGAGCUCUCUGAGGAAGCUCGGAAUGCUGCAAUCAACGAUCUUGCCACUGAAGACGGGCUGGCUCAGGUGCGCCGGAUCGUGGAGACUAAAUUCUCUGCCGGCUACAGCGUUACCACCCCGAUGUUCGAUCCUCACUGUGUGUUGUUUCUUCGAUUGAUCACACACAAGAAUGUACUACAAUCGCUGGCCGUCGAAAAGGCUGUCGGAACAAUCUACAAUGUUAUUUACGGCCUCAACGGGAAUAGAGGGGUUUCGUUCUUCCGUACAGCGAUGGACUGCCUCAACAGUGAGAACAGAAACCCAGGGGAAAUAUCUUGUCUUGAGGCAUUCCUGUUGGUUUCCAGAGCUUUCCUUCAUCUCCUGACUUCAAAUCAAGGCGCUUUCAUCAGGCCUGAGUUCGAAGGACUAGCGGAGAGCUUUAGCAGCCUCUACAUGGUCGAGGAUGGUAAGGCUAGAGGUUCCUCAGAUCCCCAGUUGAGCGAGUUGUACGAGAACGUCCAUAAAAUCCUUGACUUCCUUGCUAUGGGUGAUAGGCUCACAACUGCCGCAUCCAACAGAAAUUGCUCUUCUUCGGGACCAAAGCAUCGCGACAUGGUGAAACGUGCAACGCCAGUGGAUCUUCCCGGGGGACUGUCAAGGCUGGGUGCCCGGCAUGACAACGAUCACGCCCUUAUAGGUGAUAUUCGGAUAUUGCCUACGCUUUCCGAAAUUUACCACCAGGAAAGAACUGACUUCCUGCCAUCGCGGAUGGCCUCAUCGAGCAGUCACCAUCAAGAAGGUAUUCUGCGAGUACUCGACAGCCAGUUUCGUCUUUUACGCGAGGAUACGUCAGGACAGGUUAGGGACGCGGUUCGCUUGAUGGCAAAUCAUUGGAAUACUUUGGCUCACGGAGAAAAUGGAGGAACAAAGCGCAAAAUCAUACGCCGUGAAAGCCCAACGCCGCUGCGUAUUUACUACGGUGCUUGGGUUCGCAAGCUGAAAGCCGACUUGGUUCACGGUCUCCACAUCGAAGUCGAGUUUGAUCAACCUCCCCGAAUCCGAAAAGCAAACAGGGAAACGAGAAGGAAAUACUGGCUUGGUUCUCGGGGUCUGAGAGAGGGUGGCGGGCUUGUGGCCCUGGUAGAUGCGGAGGUUGAGAGCGAUAUGAAUGUCAUCAUUGUGCAGGUCUUGAAGCGAGAUGUUGACUCCGUCCAGUGUGAUCAGCCUGCGCCAGUUCAGGACUUGAUCAAUGAUGGGAAAAGGGCCAUGAUUACCCUGCGAUUUCCCAGCUUACCGACCAAAGAUGAUCUGUUCAGUUUGGAUUACAUGCAAACCCUGACGCACGAACGGGAAAGGCCACUGUUACUCGUCGAAUUCCCCGUGGUGCAGUACAACCAGUUUGAAGGGAUACUUCGAUGUCUCCAAGCUCUCCACAAGGAUCCUUCUCAUAUACCAUUCACCAGGUGGUUAACUACUGGUGCCAGAAGCUCACAUAUCGCGACUAACACUGCAACAAUUCCGCCACCGCGUUAUCUACGAGGCACCACCCUUGACCUCUCAUCCAUAUAUGAGAGCGACCGCAGACGGAAUGAUGUGGCACUAAUGCUUUCGGCGUACGAGGAUCCUAAUAAAAUCCAACAACGACUAUGCGAGCUUUCGUCAUUGGACACUGGACAGGCAGAAGCAAUGAUUUCGGCCUUGACCCAUGAGGUCGCGUUGAUCCAGGGUCCACCAGGCACAGGGAAAUCAUAUGUUGGGAUACAAAUAGCAAAGUGCCUCUUGAGAAAUAAGGAGCGCUUGGCCCUAGGUCCCCUACUAUGCGUAUGCUACACGAAUCACGCACUUGAUCAAUUCCUUACCGAAUUGGCAAAUGCCGGAGUCGAGCACAUUCUACGAAUUGGAUCCCGAAGCCUAUCAGACCACAUGGAGUCGCUUUCUAUCGACUCCUACAAGAAGCGGGGGGAUAUUCCCAGACUACCCGGAUUCGGAAGAAGGAUAAAUGAAAGCAAGUGCAGACUGGACGCACUGGCUGGAAGAAUUCAGUCUGUCUGUCAGGAAUUGGAACGUGGCCCUUUGGCUAUAGCGGCGGGAGUUAUGGCAGCUCAGUUCUCCGAGUUCGCGGUCCUGAUACAAGAAGGAAACCCAGACAUGCCAGAGAGCAUCAAGGCGUGGGUCGAGGGACACGGGCCCGGAGAUAUGCUCGGGAUCGAAGACACGGAGCGCUCGAUCGAUCAAUUGUUCGCGGCUGCGCCGUGGACCUUGACGAACGAGGAACGUUCUCGCGUUUACCGCUACUGUUACAACCUGGGCAUUGAGAUUCAGAUGCAGCGUCUUCAAGCCUUGGCACAAGAACAUGCGCUGGAGAAGCAACACCAUACCGCAUUAUUCAUCCAGCAAGACGCCCAAAUAUUUGAUCAGGUCGACGUGGUUGGAGUCACGACAACGGGACUGGCCAACAAUGCCGACCUGCUGCGCAGUCUUCAGGCGAAAGUGCUUAUCUGCGAGGAGGCCGGUGAAGUUUUAGAGUCACAUCUCCUGACUGCGCUGUUGCCGUCGAUCGAGCACGCAAUACUAAUUGGCGACCACCUACAAUUACGUCCUCGUAUCUCGCGCCGGUACUUGUCGAUGGAAUAUGAUACCGUUGGCCCGAAAUACAACCUAGAUGAAUCGCUCUUCGAAAGGCUCGCCAACGUUAAGCUAACAAUACCAGCCGAGGCCUCAUCUACAGAAGAGCAGGAAAUGAUUGAGUUUCCAGUCGCACAGUUGGAUCAUCAGCGUCGGAUGCACCCCUGUAUCUCGUCCCUCAUUCGGCAGACCCUGUACCCAAAACUCAAAGACCACCCAACCACUACAUCCUAUCCCGAGGUCGCAGGGUUUCGCCGGAGACUAUUCUGGUUGGACCAUAACAAUGUCGAAGAUCCUGGAGAUCCGGAGGAUCCGACGCAUAGUAAAUCGAACGCAUGGGAAGCGGACAUGGUAACUGCGUUGGUGGGUCAUUUGUGUCGCCAAGGGGUUUAUAAACCGGGCCAGAUCGCUGUCUUGACUCCCUACGUGAGUCAGCUAAAGCUGCUUGAGGAGAGAUUGGAGAAGAGCAUGGACCUGUUUAUCAGCGAAGAUGAUCUGGCUGAUCUUGGGCUAGAAGAUGAACGCAAUGGGAUUACACCGGUUGAUAGAGUCAGAACGGUACAAAAGGGUUCAGUAUCGAAUAGGCUGAGAAUGGCGACCGUGGACAACUUCCAGGGCGAGGAAGCGACUGUGGUGAUUAUUUCUUUGGUCCGGAGCAACCCGCGUCAGAACUGCGGGUUUCUCAAAACUCCAAACAGAAUCAACGUGCUACUGAGUCGAGCUAAGCACGGAAUGUACAUUAUUGGCAACGCCCAAACAUCUUGUCAUGUUCCAAUGUGGGAGGCAGUGAUAAAGAUGCUCGAAGCAGAUGCCAAUAUCGGUCCAAAAAUUGAGCUCCAAUGCUCCCGACAUCCGGAAAUCAAGAUCCACGUGUCUACCCCAGACGACUUUGCUAGAUGUGCGCCUGAAGGAGGAUGCUCCGAAAAAUGCGGUUUAAGGCUCAAAUGUGGGCAUACCUGCACAUUCAAGUGUCACUCGAAGAAACUGCACGAGGCCGUGAAGUGCAUGGAGCCCUGCACUGUUCCUAGAGACUGUGGUCAUACACUUGCGGUGAGGCUCUACCUUGUGGGCAUGUUUGCCAACAGGGGUGUGGAAGUUGCCGGACUCCUGCUGGUGCUAUCAACCAUGGGAGCUGCACUUCUCAAUGCAGCAGGCCGUUCACCACAUGUUCACACUACUGUGUGCAGCCUUGCCAUGAUGGAACCCCGUGCAAGCCGUGCAGCCGACCGUGCGAGAUACGAUGUGUACACAAUAAGUGUCCAAAUAAAUGCAGUGAUCCUUGCCCUCCUUGCGCCGAAACUUGUGGUUGGCGCUCAAUGCGGCAGCUCCGAGGUUCUUGAACGGCAAGUUGAGUUUAUCAUGCUGCAGAAGUACGCAGAAAUUGAUGUCAACGAGGACCCGAUGAUCUUCCUUUCUUGUGGACAUUUCUAUACCCGUUCUACGUUGGACGGGUUAAUGGAAAUGAAGGACCACUAUGAUGUCGACCCUAUCACGGGUGAGGUCCUUCAGCCAAAGGCAGCAUGGCGGGUGGUAAUGACCCGGGACGCCCCAGGGUGCCCAGAAUGCCGCGGCUCGCUGAGAGAAAUCCACCGGUACAAUCGGAUUGUCAAAAGGUCAUUGCUAGAUGAAUCGACGCGGCGGUUUGCUAGCAAGGCACACCGAGAGUAUAUUCAGAACUUCAAGGCUCUCGGGCGAUACGAAGACAGAAUGGAAAAGACCAUGGUCGAGUUCAUUGAAAAAUGGGGCGCAGCAGAGUCCGGAGACUUAGGUUUUGAGCAGAUAAAUUCAGCCGUGGACGAAUUCGAAGCUAAAAACCACAAGAUGCAACAGACCAUUACCAGGUUUAUCAACCAAGUCCGGAAAUUCGAGCAGCCGAUCGGAAGGGUAAAUGCGCUCAUAGCUUCAGCCAUGGCCCGAAAGACUAAAUUGUCCGGUUCUGAGACCCCAACUCCAGUUCUUUCCUUGGUCGAAGAGACAGCAAUCGUUACCGGAUUUGAGGUUCAAGGUGAAUGCCUACUCCUCCGUCUCCUCUGGAACAUCAUGUCAGCGAGCGAACGGGUACAUCAGACCACGGCUAUAGAUGCCAGGAUACGGGUUAUGGUCCGAAAGAGGCUCUGCGGUCGUCUACCAAACUUUAUGGCGAUGUGCCGUACCGUACUUGAGAAAAGUACAAAGGAGAAGCUCCCCGCAGAACAGCUUCAGGCUAUGGUCUAUCUGGCGCAAUCCUGCCAGCUCCUCCUUAGCACCCAAACAGAGACAGUUGAGUCGACGGCCUCCCGAGAAGAGAUUGGCCAGAUCCUGUCGGAUUGCGAGCGGCUCUACGACUCCUUCCCGGGUCCGCUUGCGCGCUUCAAGGGGCUUAUUGAGGGAGCUAAGAACUAUUAUGCCACCGGAGCUUUCUAUGUGUCUGUGUCAGCGGAGGAAAGGCGGCAGGUUUACGAGGCCAUGGAGGCCCAGUUCUUGGGCACCGGGCAUUGGUACUACUGCGUGAACAACCACCCGUUCACCGUCGGCGAGUGUGGAAUGCCGAUGGAGGAAGCGCGAUGCCCGCAAUGCGGCGAGCGCGUCGGUGGGCAUGACCACACACCGGUGGCUGGAGUGCAGCGGGCUGAUGAUCUCGAUGCGGCGUUUUCGAGAGCUGCUUGA